AAGUACACACACAUUCUCUGGGCUAUCCUUGCAUCACAACAGAAGAUCAUUCACCAGUGGAGAUUUAUGCUGCCAAAGAUGUUCAGCAUAUGAAUCAAGAAUUAUCAGAUACACUGUUCAAGGAUUUAGGUCAUAAAUUAAAUAAAGUUGACAGCAUCACAGUGAAUAAAAACUUUCAAGAAAGAACAGGAAAUAGUACUGUUCAGAGAAUGGUGGGAGAUUAUUCUGGAGCAUCAUAUAAAGUGGAAACCUGGAAUGAACUGUCAGAAAGUAUGUCAUCUGGGGUCGUUGUAAAUAAGAACCAAUCAUUGAAUUAUUAUAAUUUUCAGUUGCAUAACCAGGAGUCGGCAGUUGAGCGUACACAGGUCUCUGCCGGGUCUGUUGAUUUUACUGUUGACUCUGCCGGUGAUAAUCCUCAAAGACUGCAAACACCACACAUGUCUGAUGGUUGCGAUCUUUCUGUCAAUAUAGACAUGAUAACGCAUAACCUGGAGAAACUUGAUGAAGAUCAGGAUUGUAGU